AAGCAUUUGUGAAGAGUCUCACUGAAUCACAACUGGGCAGAGAAGGGGAGCCCUGGAAGCACAGCUCCACAAAGUGUCACACAAUCCAGGAAAAGGAAAUCUCAGAGGAGAUAAUUGCUGAAGGAAAUUGGUAAUGGACCUGAUCCCAAACUAUUCCAUGGAAACCUGGGUUCUCCUGGCUACCUGCCUGGUGCUCCUCUAUCUAUACGGGACCUCUUCACAUGGCCUUUUUAAGAAGUUGGGGAUUCCUGGACCGAAACCUCUUCCCUUUUUUGGAAAUAUGCUGACUUCCCGUAAGGGUAUCUGGGGUUUUGAUGCAACAUGUUAUAAAAAAUAUGGGAAAAUAUGGGGGUUUUAUGAUGGUCAACAGCCUGUGUUAGCUAUCACAGAUCCUGACAUAGCAAAAACAGUGCUGGUUAAAGAAUGUUAUUCUGUCUUCACAAACAGACGGUCUUUUGGUCCAGUGGGAUUUAUGAAGAAAGCCAUCAGUAUCUCUGAGGAUGAAGACUGGAAGAGAAUAAGAACAUUGCUGUCCCCAACCUUCACCACUGGGAAACUCAAGGAGAUGUUCCCCAUCAUUGAGCAGUAUGGAGAUGUACUGGUGAAAAACCUGAGACAGUUAGCUAAGAAAGGUGAACCUGUCUCCAUGAAAGACAUCUUUGGGGCAUACAGCAUGGAUGUGACCACUGGCACGUCAUUUGGAGUGAAUGUCGAUUCCCUCAACAACCCAAAAGAUCCAUUUGUGGAAAAAAUCAAGAAGAUCUUAAAGUUCAGUUUUCUGGAUCCAUUGUUCCUCUUAAUAUUAUUUUUUCCAUUCCUUACACCAGUAAUGGAAGCAUUAAAUAUCUCUAUAUUUCCAAAAGAUGUUACAGAUUUUUUUAAAAAAUCAAUUGAGGAGAUUAAAGAAAGUCGCCUCAAGGAGAAAGAAAAGCACCGAGUGGAUUUUCUUCAGCUUAUGAUAAACUCUCAGAAAUCCAAUGGCACAGAGUCUCAAAAAGCCCUUUCUGAUCUGGAGCUUGUGGCCCAAUCAAUUGUCUUUAUUUUCGCGGGCUAUGAAACAACUACCAGUGCUCUUUCUUUUGUUAUGUAUGAACUGGCCACUCAUUCUGAUGUCCAGAAAAAACUGCAGCAGGAGAUUGACACAAUUUUGUCCAAUAAGACACCUGUCACCUAUGAAGCCCUAGCACAGAUGGAGUACCUGGAUAUGGUGGUGAAUGAAACACUCAGAUUAUAUCCAAUUGCUGGAAGACUUGAGAGGGCUUGUAAGAAAGAUGUUGAAAUCAAUGGGGUGGUCAUUCCCAAAGGGUCAGUGGUGCUGAUACCAACCUAUGUCCUUCACCGAGAUCCCAAAUAUUGGAAAGAUCCUGAAGAGUUCCACCCUGAGAGGUUCAGUAAGAAGAACAAGGGCAACAUUGAUCCUUACAUAUACAUGCCUUUUGGGGCUGGACCCAGGAACUGCAUUGGCAUGAGGUUUGCUCUCAUGAACAUGAAACUUGCUAUCAUCAGAAUCUUGCAAAACUUCUCCUUCCAUACUUGUAAGAAAACACAGAUGCCUUUGACAUUUACCAAACAAGGACUUCUUCAACCGGAAAAAGAUGUUCUUCUGAACGUUGUGUCAAGACAGAAGACCUUAAGUGCAGCCUAA